AUGAAAUAUUCUAUAAUAUUUGUAUUAGUGCCUUUAGCAAUUUCAUUUCCAUAUUCCUAUUAUCCACAACAAAUGCCGGUUUAUUAUCAACAGUCUUUAUAUGAUCAAAGAUAUAAUAUUCCAUCAUAUUACUAUAAUAAUUAUUACCGACAACCCUGUUAUAAAUGUCAUAAUCAUAAAAAUAAUAUGUUUCCGACAUCCCAACAACAAACCCAAAAUUAUAAUAACAAUAAUAAUAUUCCUAUGUAUACAUCUGGAUACCAAAGAUCACAGUAUGCCAAUAGAUAUGAUGAAGGACUUUCGAAUAUUCCAACAAUAAUCCCAAAUCAAUCAUCUUUUAUAUCUAAUGAAAAUAAGAAUAUAAAUACAGAUACAAGUAUAAAUAAUGCUUUUCCAAUUUUUACAGAUUCUAAUUUACCAACGUCACCACAAUCUUUAGAUGAAAGAACAACUAUUCUUGAUAAAGGUCAACAAGAAGUAAUCAUAAUUGAUAAUGACAAAUUAAGAAAUACUAACGAACCAGACCUUGAAAUUACAUACCCACCUAUACAAAGUAAUACAAAUGAUCAUAUAAAUGUAUCACCAGCAAUUAUUAUAAAUGAAAAUAAUAAUGAAAUUCCAGUUUCUACACCAAUUACGAAAAAUGUACCAGAAGAACCAACAAUUGAUGGGGCAUCCCCAGAAUCUUUUAAUAUAAACAACGAAAAUAAUGAAACAAUAAAACAACUAACACCAAAAAUUGAAUUUAAUGUAGAUUCUAAUAACAAUAAUAAUAAAGAAUCAAAAACUCCAUUGAUUGUUGAUUCAAAAAAUGAUGCAGAUUAUGUAUUAUAUCAAGAAGUGACAUCACCAAAAAAUUCCUCAAAAAAUGGUGAUUCUGAUUUUUAUGAUUCAACAAUUUCUUCAAAAUAA